CACCGGGCGGUGAUACACGGCACAGCGGGAGCCGCCUCCCGCCCUCCUGCCCGCCCUCCUUCCUCCCCUUGUCCGCGGCCCUGGGAAAAAGAGCCGGUGAGCCACAGGAGCACAGGUGAAAUGCAGGUGAAGGGCAGGUGAGGUGCAGGUGAAGGCAGCUCAGCCGUGCGGGUGGAAGGGCUGGAGCCUGCACCUCUCAGCCCCCAUUUAAGGGCUGACUCCGCUGGGAAGGAGCUGUGCUGGAUCCUCCAUGUGGGUGGUUCGCUGUGAGCCGAGCUGUUCACUGACAGCUGGUGGCCGCUUUUCCUGUUGUGCCCGUCCGUCUCCGCGGGGCGCUGCGCCCCCUGGCGGCCGGUUCAGGAUCUGCGCUACGUAUUCCAGUUUUGGUGUCAGAUUUCCCCGCUACCAACGUUCCUCCCCGGGCUGUGCAGACACUGACAAUAACAAGAAUCGAACCCACGGAGCUGCCGUGGAUUGCAGGCUGCUUCGUGACAGAUAAUGUACAAUUGUUCCAGAUGGGAAAUGUAAAACCGGCCAGAAGAGUUUAUGGCACCAUGUAAAGUAAACUAAAAACCGAUCCGGUGUGCAGUUAGCAAGAUGGACUUCCUCAAGGAUGAAGUUCCUACGAUCGCGUUUCCAAAGCAGAUAACGAUACCAGCUGACGUUAUAUCAGCUCACGGUAUCUAUCAGCUCACGGUAUCUAUCAUCCCACCCACCCGUUCGCACGGCAGUGACCCCGACCCUCGCUGAGCUUCGGCGCAUGCGCAGUGCGUCAGACUGCGACUUCCGGCGUCCUUGGUCUCGUGACACGAAGGGGUUGGGGGGGUCGGUCACGUGAGGAGCUCGACCCAACAUGGCUGCCUACCUGCAAUGGCGCCGCUUCGUGUUCUUCGACAGGGAGCUGGUGAAGGAGCCGCCGGGGCUGGACGGGGGUGGAGGGAAGCCCUUCGCGUUACCUCCGGGCAUCACGGUCUGCGACUCGGGCCGGGGAAGCCUUGUGUUCGGAGAUAUGGAAGGUCGGAUCUGGUUUUUGCCUCGCUCACUUCAACUCAGUGGUUUCCAAGCUUACAAGCUAAGGGUAACGCACCUGUACCAGCUGAAGCAGCACAGUAUCUUGGUUUCUGUUGGUGAGGAUGAAGAGGGCAUUAACCCGUUGGUUAAAGUAUGGAAUUUGGAGAAACGUGAUGGUGGCAAUCCUCUUUGCACACGAAUUUUCCCAGCAAUCCCGGGUAACAAGCCCACAGUUGUGUCCUGUCUAACUGUCCAUGAGAAUCUGAAUUUCAUGGCUAUUGGUUUUGCAGAUGGGAGUGUUGUACUUACAAAAGGAGACAUCACUCGAGACCGACAUAGUAAGACCCAGAUCCUCCAUGAAGGCAGUUACCCAGUAACUGGUCUUGCUUUUCGACAGUCUGGCAAAACGACACAUCUGUUUGUGGUGACCACGGAGAACAUCCAGUCUUACCUGCUUUCUGUGAAAGACUAUUCUCAUCUGGAGCUGGACACUCAUGGCUGUGGAUUGCACUGUUCUUCUCUGAGCGACCCCUCUCAGGACCUCCAGUUCAUUGUAGCAGGAAAUGAGUGUGUGUACCUCUAUCAGCCAGAUGAACGAGGCCCCUGCUUUGCUUUUGAGGGACAGAAGCUGAUUGUUCACUGGUACCGGGGGUACCUCAUCAUUGUCUCCAAGGACCGAAAGACUUCUCCAAAGUCAGAGUUUGCUGGGAGUGAGGCGCAGAAUUCAGACAAACAAGUUCUGAAUAUCUACGACUUGUGCAACAAAUUCAUUGCAUACAGCUCAAUCUUUGAUGAUGUAGUAGAUGUCUUAGCAGAGUGGGGUUCUUUGUAUGUUCUGACCAGAGAUGGGAAGAUCCACGUACUGCAGGAGAAGGAUGCCCAAACCAAACUCGAGAUGCUCUUCAGGAAGAACUUAUUUGAAAUGGCCAUUAAUCUAGCCAAGAGUCACCACCUGGACAGUGACGGCCUGUCAGAAAUUUUCCGGCAGUAUGGUGAUCAUCUCUAUAACAAGGGGAACCAUGAUGGAGCCAUCCAGCAAUAUAUCCGAACUAUAGGGAAACUGGAACCAUCUUAUGUUAUUCGGAAAUUCCUAGAUGCACAGCGCAUCCACAAUCUCACUGCUUAUCUGCAGACACUCCAUUUGCAAUCUCUUGCCAAUGCAGAUCAUACUACGCUUCUGCUAAACUGCUAUACUAAACUCAAAGACAGCACCAAGUUGGAGGAGUUCAUUAAGGCUAGUGAGAGUGAGGUCCGUUUUGAUGUGGAAACAGCAAUCAAGGUGCUUCGUCAAGCAGGUUACUACUCCCAUGCUGUAUACUUGGCAGAAAAGCAUGCCCAUCAUGAAUGGUACCUCAAAAUCCAGCUAGAAGACAUUAAGAACUAUCAAGAGGCUUUGCACUACAUUGGAAAACUGCCUUUUGAUCAAGCUGAGAGUAAUAUGAAGCGGUAUGGUAAGAUCCUGAUGCACCAUGUCCCUAAAGAGACAACAGAACUGUUGAAGAACCUUUGCACUGAUUACCGGCCAUCAGGAGAUAGUGAAGGCUCUGGGAUUCUGGAAGGAAAAAAGGCAAAUUCUGAGGAGUUUAUUCCAAUCUUUGCAAACAACUCCCGAGAACUGAAGGCUUUUCUGGAGCACAUGACUGAGGUGCAGUCUGACUCUCCACAAGGUGUCUAUGACACUUUAUUGGAACUUCGCCUCCAGAACUGGGCACACGAACUAGAUAAGCAGAUCAAGGAGAAGCUGCAUGAUGAAGCACUCACUCUCCUGAAGAGCGGAAGGUUCAAAACAGUCUUUGAUAAGGCCUUGGUCUUAUGUCAGAUGCACAAUUUCAAGGAUGGUGUCCUCUACCUCUAUGAACAGGGCAAACUUUUCCAACAGAUCAUGCACUACCACAUGCAGAACGAGCAGUACAAGAAAGUGAUCGAGGUGUGUGAGUUGUACGGGGACCAGGAGGCUUGUCUUUGGGAACAGGCUCUUGGCUACUUUGCACGGAAGGAGGAAGACUGCAAGGAGUAUAUUGCUGCAGUGCUGAAACACAUAGAGAACAAGAAUCUUAUGCCUCCACUUCUUGUUGUACAGACACUGGCUCACAACUCCACAGCCACAUUAUCUGUGAUUAAGGAUUAUCUUGUCAACAAGCUGCAGAAGCAGAGCUGCCAGAUAGAGCAAGAUGGGCAGAGAAUUCAAAAAUACCGAGAAGAAACUACAAGGAUCCGUAAGGAGAUUGAAGAGCUGAAAGCAAGGUGCAGGACUGUGAUGUCUUGUCUUAUACUGAAAUAUUAUUUUCUAACUAAAGAAAAAUACAUUUUUUUUUUCCCUUCUGCUUUCUCUCCCUGUUUCAGUCCCAAGAUCUUUCAGAAGACCAAGUGCAGCAUUUGCACCAGUGCCCUGGAGCUGCCCUCAGUCCACUUCCUGUGUGGCCAUUCCUUCCACCAGCACUGCUUUGAAAGCUACUCUGAGAGUGAUUCAGAGUGUCCCACUUGUAUGCCUGAAAAUCGCAAAGUGAUGGACAUGAUCCGAGCCCAGGAGCAGAAGAGAGAUCUGCACGAUCAGUUCCAGCAUCAGCUGCAGUGCUCCAAUGACGGCUUCUCUGUGGUCGCUGACUACUUCGGUCGGGGCGUUUUUAACAAGCUCACCCUGAUCACGGAUCUGCCGUUGGGGAAGUCAGCUACGACCAUCGAGGCUGGUCUGCAGCGGGAGCUGCUGAUGCACGCUAAGCGCAAUACCUGAGCUGUGCUCGUUGCGCCGGGCGCCUUCUCGGGUUGUACCCCCCCCCCCUCGGUCUCCUUUUGCUGUCCACUAAUAAACGGAUCCGAGCCGGC